UGUCCAUGCAUCACAUUGCCCAGUUUUCCAUGUCACAGUGCAACCCCCACUAGGUCCUCUGUCACCCUUCCUGGACCUGUAUUCCGACACCCCUAUCCACUCACCCACCCACCCCGGAGUCUUUGACUUUGGUGCAAUACGCCAAUUCCGGUUCAGGUUCGCAAGCAGUCGUGCACCGGAUCCUGAUAGCCGGUUGUCCGACCGCAGGCGGAGCGGCGAGGUCACGACUCUGCUGCAGGCGGCUGGGCGCUGCUGGCCCCCGGGUCGCUGCUCUCCGCCCGCGGUGUGCGGCUCUGCAGACAGGAAACCUCUCUCCCGGGGCGGCCUCCCCCCGUGGCAAUGCUCUCAACCUCCAUGUAAAGAACAAAGGAAGAAGAAUUCCUCUGUGUGGAAAAUGACCCUUUCAAAUGUCAAGUCCAUCACUUGGGCGUAUUCUCUGACAACAUUCGGGACGGAAAUGCUGAAUUCUGUCUUCAGGUUCUACUACGUGAAGCUAUUUUUACAUCUGUAUAAGAUUUCACAAGUGGCUUUUCACCAAGCCCAGAUAAUUCUGCUGAUCUGGAAUGCUCUCAAUGACCUGACUGGGUAUUUUCACAACAACCCUAAGACUGACUGCUGCGGCCACCGCCACAGUUCAGUUCUGUACAGCGCCCCUUUCUACGCCCUCGCGUUCCUGCUCCCCUGGUUCCCCUGGAAAUCCUAUCAGGCAGGCGACUGGCUGAGCGGCCUUCACCUGGUGGUCUCCCUGUGCGCUUUUGAGAGCGCGCUGACUUUCAUUCAGCAGGCCCGGUGUGUGCCCUUGGCAGAGAUUUUCAACCAGCACGAAAGUCGCUUGCCUUUUAUCAAAAUCAACCAAGUGGCCUCACUGGUGGGCUCCAGCGGCAUCCUCUUUUGUGACUUGGUCUCUGACAACAUGGAGAAUCUGCCCCGUUUCCAGGCCAGCGCUGUGGUCAUUGCUACGCUCGCCGCUGCCAGCCUUUCCAUGGGCACCUGCUACCUGCGUCGUCUCCAGCCCCCGAGAAGCCCCGAGGACAGCGUUUGGCCAGGAGAGCAGGAUCUUCCCUGGACCUCUGUCCUCUCACUGAUGAGCCAGAUCCUGACCCAGAGAAACUUCCGUCUCUUCCUGAUUAUGAAUUUCUUCCAAGUCUUCCAUUUAACCCUUGUCAGCAACUUCAUGAUGAUCUUCGCAGAUCACCUUGUCCCCAGAGAUGUUCUUCCUUCUCCCAUCAGGAGCAUCAUGUAUGGGGCAGGCUUUCUGUGCCCACAGUGCCUUGUACUUGUCCAUCAGUCCUGGCUGAAGAAAUUUGGUUACUAUAAACUCAUCUUGAUUUCUUUCUACCUAGAAGGAACAGCCUCCAUUGUCAUGUUACUUCUCGGACAACAACGCUAUUAUCUCUUGGCUCUGUAUCUCAUCAUUAUCAUGGUGACCAUGCAGGCUUCUUUGUGCUUGUUUCACCUGCCGCUGGCUGACGUGGUCGACGCAGACUUGCUCAAGUUCAGUCGGCAGUGGCCCCUGUCCUCAAUGGUCUUUGGCAUCAAUGCUCUGUUUACCAAGCCUGCUCAGGCUCUGGCUCCUAUGGUGACAGUCUCCCUGCUCGCCCAGUAUGGAUAUGGAAGCCCAAACAAAAGUUCAAUUUCAGCUCUUCACGAGGCCAUGUUCAAUUUGAUCUGCCUGGUCCCAUUGGGCAUUGCGGCGAUCCAGAUUCUGGUUUGGAGCCCAUUCUCGAUGAAGAGCAAGACAGAAUACCCGGGGGCUUUUUAAGACCAGCACUGGCAUUGCAGGAGGCAAACGAAAUAGGUUGUUUUCUUGUUCGUAUAUAGAAUUUAUAUCGGAAGGCACCUCUAAUUUAUUAGAAAUAAAACAGCCAAAAAUUUCA